CUUUAAUUCAAAACUUGCAGCUAAAAUCACUCUAAAGAUCCUCAAAUUACAAAACCCAGUUAUAAAUCUGCAAAUGGAAGAAAAAGUUGUUGCUGUGAUAUUACUUGGUGGACCCACCAAAGGAACUUCAUUUAGACCUUUAUCAUUCAAUAUUCCAAAACCCUUGUUUCCUAUUGCUGGUCAUCCUAUGAUUCACCAUCAAAUCUCUGCUUGCAAAAAUAUACCAAAUUUGGUCCAAAUCUUUCUCAUUGGAUUGUAUGAAGAACGAGAGUUUGCUUUGUAUGUGUCUUCAAUCUCAAAUGAGCUGAAGGUUCCUGUUAGAUAUCUAAAAGAAGACAAACCACAUGGAUCGGCUGGUGGACUUUAUCAUUUUCAGGAUUUGAUUAUGGAAGAUGAGCCGUCACAUAUUAUUCUUCUAAAUUUUGACGUCUGCUGCAGUUUCCCUCUAUCCGACAUGCUUGAUGCUCAUAAAAGUUAUGGCGGUGUGGGUACAUUGUUAGUAAUUAAGGUAUCCGCUGAAUCUGCCAACUUAUUCGGUGAGUUGGUUGCUGAUCCUGAUAGUAAAGAGCUAUUGCAUUACACAGAGAAGCCCGAGACUUUUGUUAGUGAUUUGAUAAACUGUGGCAUAUAUGUAUUUACACCAGAAAUUUUUUCGGCUAUCCGAGGUGUACUUGCAAACCGGGAAGACAAAGGAUCUUUAGGCCGGUUGUCCAGCUACGAGUCAUUUCAUUCGGCAACAAGGGCGAUCCCUGCAGAUUUCGUAAGAUUAGACCAAGAUAUUCUCUCGCCUUUGGCCGGAAAGAAAAAGUUAUAUACCUAUGAAACCUUAGACUUCUGGGAGCAGAUCAAGACUCCUGGCAUGUCUUUGAAAUGCUCGAAAUUGUACCUCGCUCGAUUUCAGCAUACCGCUCCCAAUCUUCUGGCUAAUGGGAAUGGUAUUAAGAAUGCUACAAUAGUCGGUGAUGUUUAUAUUCACCCGUCAGCUAAAGUACAUUCGACCGCAAAGAUUGGUUCAAAUGUGUCGAUAUCAGCUAAUGUUCGCAUAGGUCCCGGUGUAAGACUUGUAAACUGCAUCAUUUUGGAUGAUGUCGAGAUUCAGGAAAAUGCACUUGUUAUGCAUGCUAUUAUCGGAUGGAAAUCCUUGGUAGGGAGAUGGUCUCGUGUUCAGGGUGAUGGCGACUAUGACUCUAAGCUUGGAGUAGCAAUUCUCGGAGAAUCAGUGACAGUAGAAGACGAAGUUGUGGUCAUUAAGUGCAUUGUUCUUCCGAACAAGAUUCUUAACGUGAGCAUGCAAGAGGAGAUAAUUUUAUAGUUUGAAAGUGUUAUCUCUUAUUAUCGUAAGUAGUCGUAAAAGAGUGCAAAGCUUGAAGUAGGUAGACGGAAAACAUUUUUGAUUGAAAUCGAGACAUUGGAGCAAGUCGGUGUGCUUCUGUUUGCACGAAGUCGUAAUAGUUUGAAAAGUUUUAGCUGGCGUAACGCCCUAAGAAACGGACUUUCUAAUUUCUCGUAGAGCUUGUCAAAAGCCGAUAUUCCAUUUAUGGAUGCAUCAUUACCUUUGAGUCACAAUGAAAAAGAACGCUAAAGUUAUUUUUAUUUUCUACACUAUUGUGCUUUGUGGUAUCUACGGAUCUCGUCUUUCGUAUCAUGCUACCAUGGUUCAAAGGCAAAAAACCAAAAAUGUUUCCGGAUAGACUUGUAUUAGUAUGAUAUGUAUAAAAAUAUAACUUAAAAAAAUAAUAUAAGUAUAUAUUAUCGUGAUUAAAUCUAUCGAAUAUAUGAUUUUUUUAAA